AUGGGCGCUCUCUACUACGCAAUGCACCCGGGCCAACUGCGCUCCAUUGUCCAAUGGAAGCUGUGGCAUGAGCCCGUCAACCGCCGCAACCCUCAGACCGAGAGUGCGACAUUACAAGAAUGUUUCCGCUACUUGAACAUGACAAGCCGCAGUUUCUCAGCCGUCAUUCAGGAACUCAACCAUGAGCUUCUGGUCCCAAUCACACUCUUCUACCUAGUGCUACGUGGUCUCGACACGAUUGAGGAUGAUAUGACCAUUCCCCUCUCCACCAAGGUCCCCAUGCUGCGAGAGUUCCACGUAACAAUGGAACAGGACGGUUGGCAAUACCACGAUAGCAAGGAGAAGGACAGAGAACUCCUUGAGCACUUUGACUGCGUCAUUACCGAGCUCAAGAAGCUCAAGAAGCCUUACUAUGACAUCAUUAAGGAUAUGACUAUCAAGAUGGGUAACGGUAUGGCCGACUACGCGCAAAACACCGAGAUGAUCGAGAACGGCGUCCAGACAAUCGAGGAAUACGAGCUGUACUGCCACUACGUUGCAGGGUUGGUUGGUGAGGGCCUGACGCGACUGUUGGUCGCUUCAAACCUCGCCAACCCUAAGCUUGCUGAGAGACCCGAAUUGACCGAGUCCAUGGGUCAGUUCUUGCAGAAGACGAACAUCAUCCGAGAUAUUCAUGAGGACUGGGUAGACGGCCGGCGAUGGUACCCCAAGGAGAUUUGGAGCAAGCACGUUGAGCGAUGGGAGGACCUGUUCGACCCCAAAUACAAAACACAGGCAGUCGAGUGCAUUUCAGCCAUGGUCCUCGACGCCCUGAAGCACGUCGAGGACUGCCUCUUCUACAUGGCGGGCAUGAGGGAUCAGAGCGCCUUCAACUUCGUUGCCAUCCCACAGGCCAUGGCCAUUGCCACCUUGGAGCUGUGCUUUAGGAACCCGGCUGUGCUGGAGAGGAACGUCAAGAUCACCAAGGGAGACGCUUGCCAGAUCAUGCUGGAAAGCACGCAGAACCUCCAAGUCCUCUGCGAGGUCUUCAGAAGAUAUGCCAGGCGCAUCCAGAAGAAGAACGAUCCUCGCGACCCCAACUUCUUAGCAAUCAGCGCGCGGUGCGCAAAGAUUGAGCAAUUCAUCGAGACCUUGUUCCCUAGGCAGGACCCCAAGAAACUGGCCCAGGAAGCCAGGGCGAAGCAGACGCAAGAGCCUACCAUGUCCGCUGGUGAGACUGCCAUCAUGGUCGGCGUCGUCCUCGCUGUCCUGUUGACCAUGACGGGUCUGAUGGUCGGCAUUGCUUGGUUCAUGGGCGCCAAAUUCGACAACACAUUUUCCGACACCGCCAAGCUGUUCUCCAGCAGCACCGGCGGCAGCCCUACCUCAAUAACGGGCCACGAGGAAUUGUAA